AUGUCACAAGAGCUACAAUACUGGCUGCCUGGCUGGGGUCUAUCCAGGCAUAUCGUCCUCGGACACAUCCACUACUUCCUCGGACCGUCUGCCUCCGUCAGGCCCUAUAGUUACCAGAUUCCUUCCAAGGGCCGAGAAGGUUAUAUGAUUGUUGGCGUGCCUCUUACACGGGAGCAGAUUGAAGAUCUCGCCGCCAUGUCACGGGAAUAUGAGGAACAUGAAGCUGUACGCAUGAGCCAGAAUGGCAGCCUUGAUGGGUCACGGUUACUGUCUGAGCCUUAUAUCAACCAGCUCAUCUUAGUGGAUCGUUCUCGUUCUCGUAGACGACCGGAGUCUGAUUCACGCGAACGCUGA